ACCAACGGCGGCUAUGUGGUGGUCCGGCUCCGCCCCAUAGCGGAAACAACAGCGGACCCCGCGCCAGACCUCCGGCAGUCCUGGGGCGCCUUGCUAACCGUCCAAUGCAACGACAUCGCGCGUCUCAUGCGUGAAGGACUGUUCAUCUCCCCAUACUACAACGCUCUGCCCGAGAAAGGUUACGUCCGGGAGGAGACCCGGCACGCCCGGAGACAGCCGGGAGGCCGCUAUACGCGGACACGGUUUCUCGGGGACAAUACCAAUGGUUCGCCCGCGCUCUGGAAGGGCGAAUUGGAGCUCACUAGCGGUGCGGAAAACAUCGCUACCUCAGUACGGUUGGAGGAUUUGUCGUACGAGAACGUAGUCACGAUGAAAGCUACUAAUUAUCAGGGAUAUUCGGUGUACAGGUACAACGCGGCGGAUCCAAACAAGUCGUAUAACUGCAUAUACGACGAUAUGCCAAUGAGUGGGCUUUGGCCGUGGCCAAGGGAUGCCGAGUCAGAUGCUAUGCCGCAUCCGCAAUCCUGUGAUGGGUGCACGAUACUUUGA